AUGACAAAACGAGCGUCCACAGAGAAAGAUGAAACGAAAAAAAGUUUUUUGAAGUCGCAGAAACGUCUUAUAGAAGACGAAGUGAAUCAAUGUUCCAUGUUUAACUGGAUCAAAUGUCUUUAUCAGCGACCAUUACGUUUUCGACGAACGAUUAUCUUACCACUUGUUGUAUUCAUAAUCACCACUAGCUUUCUUUAUGUGCUUGUGGAAUAUUACACAAACAAUAAAGUCGAGUUUUCUUCAUCAUCAUCUGUCUCGAAUUCGACAUCAACGAAUGUAACUUGUAAAACUGAUGAUUUAUUCCAGUCAGUUGCCGAUGAAUAUUGCAAAGAGAAAUUACGAAAUAUCUCAUGUGAGCUUCAAACAAAUUCACAUUUUUAUCCAGAAUCACUACCGAGAUUUUGUCCCAAGCACGAGGGUCAGUUUGGCGAUAUCGUUGGUUGCAUUGCAAUUCGUAACAUUUCAACUCUUCAUACAGAACAAUUAUCUAUCCUGGACACAGAGAUUCAAUGCAUUGAUUACUGUUUAAAACGCAGUCUCCCCUAUGCUGCGUACAAUACCGAAACUUCACGUUGUUAUUGUUCAGUUGAAUUUCCCAGGCAUUAUCGUUUGAUCAAAUCUGGUAAAAAAUGUCCCGCCCAAACUUUGAAUUAUGACACAAUAGGACAAGACAUUUCUACACUUUAUCGAACGGGUUUUGCACCGUUCGGAAACGAUCUCAAAAAGCAUCCUCGGUCAGAAAAUGAUACCGAUACUGUAAUUGUCUUUUUCUUAACCGUCGGCGGUCGGAAAAGUCUUCGGCAAAUUUAUCGCUUGAUACGUUCGAUUUACCUCUCUCAACACUACUAUUUUAUUCAUGUCGAUCAACGUGAUGAUUAUUUACAGCAUGAAUUACGAAAACUUCCAUUGAAAUUUCCGAAUAUUCAUGUCACCGAGAAACGUUAUCCAACGACGUGGGGUUCGUCAACACUAUUAAACGCGCAUCUCGACGUGUUCAAGGAAAUCUUUGAAGAAUUGAGAUGGAAUUUUUCGUUUCUUAUCAAUUUGAGUGAAAGCGAUUUUCCCAUGAAAUCUGUUCAAAUUAUAACGGAUGUCCUGACCGUCUAUAGACCUUACAACUUUCUCGGUCCACAUAAUCAAGAACCGUUCAGGUUUUUCAAAGCUCAAGCAGCAUUUCAUACAUUUUUGCAGUGUAAUAACCACAUGUACAAAGUAAAGUAUCGGCCGUUGAUUAAAAAGAUUAUCUACGAUGGUGGAUCUGAUUGGUAUAUAUUAAAUCGUGAUUUUCUUCAUUAUAUAACAUAUGGUGAUGAUGAAUUGAUCAACGGUCUUCGACAUGCAUUUAACUAUUCCUUACUCCCGUGUGAAAUGUUCUUUCAUACUCUAUUAAGUAAUAGUCUUUAUUGUGAUACAUAUGUUCGAAAUAAUUUACGAUAUGUGAAUUGGAAUCGAAAGCGUGGCUGUAAAUGUCAACAUUCGAAUGUUGUGGACUGGUGUGGGUGCUCGCCGCUUGUUUAUCGACUGGCUGAUAAACAUUCUUUCAUUAGUAAACGUGAACUUCCGUAUUUCUUUGCACGGAAAUUUGAUCCGAGUAUUGACGAAUCAAUUAUUGAUUGGCUUGACGAAUCGAUAUCGAAGAAGAAUCUAUCGAAUGGUGCGGCUUAUCUACAAAAUCUCUAUCAUCCCAUCGAUGGAAUUGAAAAGCUCAGUGCUGCUUUGAAGCUCUUUGAUUUGUAUGCACGUUCCAAACUAGUGAAAUAUUUUCAAAAUGAAAACUUACAGUUAGAACAAGUUCAUGCAGUAUUUCAAUCUAGUGUAUUUCGAGGUUAUUCGUUGCAAUAUAAAAGCGAUCAGAAAGAACAAAUCGAGCUGUUAAUUAGCUUAAAUUCGCCUCAUGCUACACUUUCCAAUGACGUGAAACGAUUCGAAACUGGAUCGAAAUUUGAUGUCAAAGAACUUCUGUUCGCAGAUCGUAGUAGAACAUUCAUUGAACCAAACUCGAUCAAAAUAUUGAUCGAAUGGGAAGGAACUGGAAGCAACGAUACAACACUAAUUAUCAAUACUCCUAACAAUACGGUUGUCGAUCGAGUCGAACUUUAUUCAUCAGAUGAACCUGUCGUUAAUGAUAUAUCACUUCCGAAAAUCUCCGAUUCUAGUCUGAUCGGUGUAUGGCAAAUGUCAAUUGUCGAUGAUAUCAACGGAACUCAACUAGCUUCAUCAGAUUUCUUAAUAUUAUCAUCGAGUCAAGAACAAUCGUUAGUCGACAGCGAAAAUCUUCUUUCAUUGGCAAAAUUUUGGUCAAUGUCAAAUAUUUGCUCGACAAAAGUCAACUCUUCUUCAUAUAGUAAUCAUCUUUUCAACGGCACUAUUCCAGUUCUUACUGAUUGUUUUCAACAACCAUGGAGCUUUUUCUAUUUUGAUAUUAAAACUAAUUGAAGUGAUGAUGGUGAUGAUGGUGAUUCGUCACUGCACAAGCCUGCUCGAAAUGUUUAUCGUCAACAAGCUCGUUUACCACCGAAUCAUAUUCGUCGACGAAUUCCCAAGCGUUAUAGUGAUAUUGUUGGUCCGUCAGGUACGAAAACCUUGCUACAACGAAAAGAGUCAACUGUUCGAGAGAAAAAAGUACUUCUUCCUCCUUCUCAAUCGAGCCGUUCAAAAAAAAAUAUUCCACGUCGUUAUUCUCUUAAACCGAUCGCCGAAAACAUCUAUUCUUUCGAUUCAAAUCAACCAAAACCCUACGAAAUCAAUUAUCAUCAUCCUCUUAAAUAUAACGAUCUACUAGCACAUCGUAUGCAAGCAGCUAUGAGUGCUGAAUUGAUGAACUCUCUGGAUCGAAAUUUUGUAUCCGGAGAUCGAAAACAGCCAUCAAGUCGUUCACACAUAUCUCGCUCACGUUCAUUCAAUAUUAGUACUUCAUGGAAUGAAAAACCCGAAUCGAAUGCUUACCAACAUUUAAUUCCGAGAGUUAGAACCACACAUAUUCCAGAUGAAGAUUUACGUAUGAAAGAACCGACGCCAGACUAUGAUGAAAAUGUUAUUGAGUCAAUGGAAAGUGAAAAAAGUGUCACCGAAGAAGAAGAAGAACCAGCAGCCGAUUAUGACGACUCAACGUCGACUGUUGAAUGCGAUAUUGAUGACAAAUCAGUAACACAUUCAGAAUUGGGCGUUUCCUCAUCUUUCAUCAUACCACAAAUAUCAUCAAUAGAAAUGACGAUCACAGAAGAACGGAUACCAACGCCGCCACCAUUAUCAAAGCUACCCGCCGAUGAAAAGAAGUUCACCAUUCGAUGUCGAACAAUUGCUGAAAGUCUAUCAUCAGACCAUAAGCUUAUUCUUAAAGAUGCGCCAGAGAAUCUGCUACCAGAAAAAUCUUACGUGGCCUCUCAACCGCCUUCAAAACCACAUUACUUUCACGUGUCAAAAAAUAAUAAAUUACGCAAAGUUUCUCAAUCCUUGUCACGUUCAUCUUAUAGUUCUAUGACACAAAUUAAUGACAACGAAACUGAAAUGACUAAUCUUUGUCCCAAACCGUUGCUCACCGAUGAGCAAGUUCAGGAAUGCUUAUCUUCCUCAUCACCAGCAACAUCAAUUGUGCAAGAAAACGAAUACGAACAACAAUCGUCAUCGUCAAAAAUCUACAAUGACUACAAAAAACGAGCGUCUCUCACAAGUGUGCCAACAAAUACCAUUGACAUACAUUCCAUGAUCAUACACCCAAUGCAUACAAAGAUAGGGUUACGUUCUUCCACAUCGUCAUCGUCAACAAAUGAAAAAUUAACAGACAUGACUUUGUCAAGCAAACAAAUGAACGUGUGUGUCAUUAACCAGCUAAAUGAACAUUUAUCAACACGUUUUCCUAAGCAACUACAAGCAUGUUCGCACAGUGACGAUCAUCUCAGCUACGAUCCACCACCAGAACAUAUGUCGGAAACUAAUAAUACGAAUCAUUUUCAAUCAACUGUCUACGACGAACCAAAUGAACUACCGAUUGUUAAGAAAGAACCUACGGGUUCAUUGUCUGUACCUCCACCGCCACCACCAUUACCUAUUGGUGGUUUCCGAUCGAUAAAACCACCAAUGAAACGCUCAUCUCAACCUGCACAAAUAUCUUCGAUGACAUUGCCGCGUGAAGGAACUAAUUCCGAGAUGCGUUGCAGCACGGGUACAUCGACAAUAUCAAGUAAUUUGUCCGACACACGCAUACUCUCCGAAUUACGGGAAAAUCCAUUGUUUACACGAGCAAAGAAACAUCUUGACAUCGAGCCUGGUUCUAACGGUCGACGAUCUGGUCGUCGAUUGAUAGGAUCCACAUCGAAUUUAUCGAGCACUGAAACUACAACCGUUAAUCAGACCAUUUCUUAUGUGCGAUUAGAUAAAUGUUCGCAAAAAUCGAUUGACGAACAACAACAACAACAACAAAAACCCGAAACAAUUAUUAUGCAUCGGAGUGAACUCGAUGCUAUUCUUGGUAAAAGAACGAAAUCAAGUGUUGAAAUCAAUCAAACAAAAUCUCGUUCGUGCACAAAAUCACUGAUUCAAAAUCAGUGUCGACUAUCUGAAUUAGAACUCAUUUUUCAAAAACGUGCACAAAGAAGCGAGCAGAAUCUGGCAUGA